AGGAAGUGGAACCAAUGUAAAGAAGGACCAUUCCUUUCAAUCGAAAACACUAGCAAAAUAUUUCACCUAUAAUGACAUUCGCACAAUGAAUAGCUGUCUGUUUAUUGAAGCAGCAGUUGAUUUAUACCUGUAGUCGGAUUGGUUGGUUCUGCCGUUGUUCGUCGCCGGUCAGUUUCAGUGGGGCAUCGGCUGGACUGGCUCGAGAUGGCAGAUGAGGCUCUUUUUCAGUUCCUACACAGUGAAAUCAUUCAGUAUGUCAACAGUGCAGAAACUGGGGAAUCGGAGAAUGGACGAUGUGUUUCUAAACUUGAGAACAUGGGCUUUCGUGUGGGACAAGGACUUAUUGAGAGGUUUACCAAAGACACGCCACGCUUUAAAGAUGAGCUUGACGUUAUGAAGUUCAUCUGCAAAGAUUUCUGGACCAGUGUUUUUAAGAAGCAGAUUGACAACCUGAGAACAAACCACCAGGGUAUUUAUGUACUACAAGAUAACAAGUUCCGCCUACUGACCCAACUGUCUGCUGGCAAACAGUAUCUGGAACAUGCGCCGAAGUUUUUAGCCUUCACUUGUGGACUGGUCCGAGGAGCACUUUCAAACAUUGGUGUGAAAAGUAUCGUCACGGCGGAAGUGUCAGUCAUGCCUGCCUGUAAAUUCCAGGUGAUGAUUCAGAAGAUGUGAUUCACUACAAUGGAGCAUAUAGUUCACAACGUGCAUCUCAGUUUUAUUGCCUUGUCGUUUUUUAUUGCCUGCACAUUUUAUCAAUAAUAUCACUAUGAAGUUUUUUUUUUUAAUUUGCAGUAACUUGAAAACUACUGGCAUUAAAUGUAUUUUGACAUGUACUGUAUUUUUUGUUAGUAUUUUGACACUCAUUAUCUGUCCAUAUUCACUGUUCUGAUUAUUCAUUUGCACUAAUAGCAUUAAAGCUAGAAUCCUGCUA